AUGGCCAGCCCUAGCCACCACGAGCUUAGCUUUGUCCACCUCCUCACAGGCGAGCGAUUUCGCCUCCCCCAUCCACCGUCACCCUUCUGUCGCCUCCUUCUCUCUGGCAAUCUCGUCCUUGCCUUUGUUCCGACGGUCGGCCGUGCCGUCCAGUACUGUCGCCUUGGGGAUAUUGAGUGGCGCGUGGCAUCAUGCACUGAACCCUAUGUGCUUGAGGAUUUGAUCUUUCACAAGGGCAACCUGCAUGCGUUGGUCAGAUCUGAAGAUGCCGGCAGCCUAUGUUACCGUCUCGCUGUGGCCAAUCUGUCAGACAAGAAUUUGGUGGAAUUCAAAUUUCUUGGAGAUCAUUUGGAAUCACAGGCUGCACAUGGGAGUUUAUAUUUCUUUCUCGCUGAGUGUCUCGAUGAGUUGUUGCUCAUUGCCGCCGUUGGGGGCUUCCCAGAGAAGUUUCAUGUUUUCCGGUGGCAGUCAAGGGAGGGGAAGUGGACAAGGACUACUAGCCUUGGUGACUGCACAUUGUUCUUGACAUAUUUUUACUUUGUAGGCUAUGUUGUUCCGAUGAAAGGAAUGACAUGCUUUUCAGGUUAUUUCUUUGCAAGUUGCCUUGGUCCAGAUCAUCCAGGAGUUCGAAGGGACUGCUUAUACUUCACAGAUGCCAAAAGAAAGUGGAUCGAGUAUUCCUUGGCCGAUGGAUCUUGUGAUGAAUUUGUUGCUGACAACUUAGAGGGAGCUUCAAGGCCUGAUUCCGAUUUCAGGGCACCUGUUUGGGUCUUUCCGAGCAUGUGUUGA